AUGUCUGGACCCUCCGGGACGUCUUCAAGUCGCCUGAAGAUUGUGCCAGAAAAGCUAUCCUACGAGAUUGACUCGUGGUCAAGUCAUUCAGCUAGUUAUCAUCCGAAAAACAUCGCAGUCAACAAACCACAGGAUCAGUCGUCACGAUGGUCCAGCGGGAGCAACAACCAGAUGCAGCACAUCACCAUCAAGCUGGACAAAUUGUCCAUCGUGCAUACCAUCACCUUUGGAAAAUACCAUAAAGUGCACGUGUGCAAUUUGAAGGAAUUCAAAGUUUUUGGAGGGUUAUCAUCCAACAACAUGAUCGAGCUGCUUCAUAGCGGCCUGCGGAAUGACAGCGAACCGGAAACCUUUUCGUUGAAGCACAAAGCGAAUGAUGUGGUCUUUCCUUGUCAGUACAUCAAGAUUGUACCGCUGCUGGCCUGGGGUGCCAACUUCAACUUCAGCAUUUGGUAUGUGGAGCUUCGUGGAAUUUGCCAGCCUGAGAUUGUGGAAACGGCGCAUCGGGACUACAUAAAUUAUCGGGAGAACGAAGUCAUCCGAUUAUGUAUGAAGCACUUCCGCCAACGGGCCCAUAGAGAAACUUUCGAGUCGCUCCAAAAACGGACACGAAUGCAGCUAGAGGAUCCGCUGCUCACGGAACUGCAUAAUCAGCUGGUGGUGCAUAGGAAUUUUACUAUGGCGGAGGAGCUGAUACGCCAGGCCGUGGACCGAAAUCUCUUCCAGGAUUAUAUCAGCGAGUGCAUGUACCGUCCUAUCUGGAAAAAAAUCACGCCGUCAAAUACUGAUGACGAGACGCCUUGUAUGAGAGGAGGGCAUCAAAUGGCCAUCGAUCCAGAUAGUGGCAAGGUGUAUCUGUUCGGUGGUUGGGACGGUUCGAGAGAUCUAUCCGACUUCUGGGCUUUUGAUCAGGAUUCACGACGCUGGCAGUGCAUUAGCUUGGACACGAGACGACAAGGGGGUCCCGGUCCACGGUCUUGUCACAAAAUCUGCUUCGACCCCAAAGCCAAACAGCUGUAUACCUUGGGACGGUAUGUCGAUCCGGACAGCAGACCAAACGUCAACCUGGAAAGUGAUUUCUGGAAGUUUGACGUGAUCAACGCAACAUGGACCCGUCUGAGCGUCAAUACUGGGGUUGAGGGUGGUCCGGAAUUGAUUUAUGAUCAUCAAAUGGUCGUUGAUUCGGAUACCCAGGUGCUCUAUGUCUUCGGAGGUCGCACGAUUGGCCCGGAUCCAAAUCAGAUAGUAUAUUCUGGACUGUACGCCUACUCCAUAUUGCAACACCAAUGGAGGCUAAUCCGCACCGACACCUCGCAACCCGAACACUCGAUACAACUGAAAUCCCGUAUCGGGCAUUCAAUGCUGCUCAACCCGCGCACCCGUGAACUCUACAUAUUCGCCGGCCAACGCAACAAAGACUACCUAUCCGAUUUCUACGUGUACGAGAUCGACACCGACACCGUGCACGAGAUAUCCCGCGACUACAGCAAACAAGGUGGACCAGACGCUGGUUUCACCCAACGCGCGACGAUCGACUCCGACCUCGGCGAGUUCUUUGUCCUCAGCGGCCUGAUGCGCGAAAAGAACACGACGCAGGAGACGGUAAAGAACUCGUUCUGGGUGUAUAAUAUCCGCAAGGACCGGUGGACGCGGGUGUACCAGAACGAGAACACAGGCAGCGCGUAUUGGAACUCGAUGGCGGAUAAAGAGCCGUGUCCGCGAUUUGCUCAUCAGUUGGUGUACGACCCUAAGAGGAAGUGCCAGUUUUUGUUUGGAGGAAAUCCUGGGGAGAUGGGGAAUCCGAAUUUGCGUCUGGACGACUUUUGGGAGUUGUGGCUUGUCAGGCCAAGCCCACAAGACGUCCUCCGCCGGGCCAAAUUCCAAAUCCGCCGCCAAAAAUUCCGCGAAAUGUGCGCUAUGGGCGACCCACUCAAUGCGCUCAAAUUCCUGCAAUCCGACGUUUCCGAAGUCGUCGACCACGAAGACGAGGAGGAGGGGCAGCGCUUCCGGGAACUCACUCAGUAUCUGUUCAAAUGGAAGGCUGGCGGGGUUGGGUCGUCGUCCAGCGGCGUCGCGGGCGGGAAAUCAUUCGCCGCGGCAGACGAUGACAACUACCGCUCCCGCACCGAGCUUUAUGAGAAGCUCCUCGAAUAUUUCCCCGACAGCAUGCGCGAACCGAAAGACAAUCUAGUAGACUUGGUCCAUAUGGGAUAG